GCGACGGGCCCUCGAGCUCCCGAAACUGCUCUCGCCGCCACUAGGCUGAGGCGCGAAGGGUGCGUGAGGAGGCGCGGCCCAGCCCGCGGGGACUCGUGUCGCCAUGGACCCGUUCCUGGUGCUCCUGCACUCGGUGUCGGUCGGACUGUCGAGCAGCGACCUGACCCAGCUCAAGUUCCUGUGCCGGAACCGCGUUAGCAAGAGGAAGCUGGAGCUCGCGCAGAGCGGCCUGGACCUCUUCACCGUCUUGCUCGAGCAGAACGAGCUGAGCGCCGAGCGCACCGUGCUGCUGCGCGAGCUGCUCGGCUCCCUGCGGCGCGAGGACCUCCUGUGCCUCCUGGACGACUUCGAACGGCGCGCGGAGGCCGGGGCGGCGCCGGAGGAGCGAGACCUGCAGGCGGCGAUCGAGAUCAUCUGUGAUAACGUGGGGAAGGACUGGAAGAGGCUGGCUCGUCGCCUCAGAGUGUCUGAGAUCAAGAUUGAAGCCAUCGAGGAGAAGUACCCCCGGAACCUGGUGGAGCAGGUGAGGGAACUGCUGAGGGUCUGGAAGAACAGCGCUAGGGAGGACGCAGCUGUGUCCUGCCUGGUGAGCGCGCUCCGGGGCUGCCAGCUAAACGUGGUGGCAGAUCUCAUCGAGGAGGACCAGUGGGCCCAGGCCCGCCAGAGAAGGAGCGCCAACCCCGGGUCCCUCAUGGCCUGGGACUCGGGCUCUGCUGCCCCGGGAGCCUCCUGACCACCCAGCGGCUCUUCCAUGGGGACCGAGGGCAGCUGCACGGUCCUGACCACGUGCCGUCCGUGCCAGCCCCGUGAAGACUCAGGGAGGCGGCUGUGGGCCCACACUCCUCUGUGCCAGCCGGGUGGGGGCCACUGUGUGUACCGUCGUCCCCAUUAAAUAAGCUCCUCCGGGAGGGCGUGUGGCGCUGCGCCUGGUACGAAGUAGGGGUCUGUGAAAGUUGGUGCUCCCAGACACGAGAGGACGCGCAGCAUUGAAGAGCGAGGAGCUGGAGGUCGUUGUGCUGGGGGUGCUGGGCUCCAGAACCCACGCUUGGAACCCCUGGCUCAUUCUCCUGCCCCUGCACUUGCCAAAGGCUUGGAGGCUGGCAGUGCAGACCAUCUCCAGGGCAGGUGGCGGGGUGAGGCGCACCCUCGCGGGUCUGGGAAGCAGCCCAGGCUCUCAGUGCUCGGGGAGCGAGCCCCCUGCCAUAGGGCCAGGCAGCAGGCGCUCGGCACAUGCUGGUUCUCAGAUGAAUCAUGACUCCAGUUCCACGAUGGAUUGCUAACGGUCACUUUU